GAGGUGGGGGGGUAGGGAGGGAGAAAAAGAAAGAAAAUAUUUUCCGUGUCCCCGCCUGCAGAGUCAGUGUGCGGUUUGGGAGAAAAUGUGUCGGAUAUUUUGGGGCGGUCACGUGGGCGGGCGGGCUCCGAGAGGCCCCGGGACAGUCCCAGCCUAGAGCCGUGCCCCCCCUGGAGCCCCCCAUUACCGCGAGUCCCUGACACUACGGCGCUCCAUCCCCGAGGCCGCCCGACGCCGGGACCUCGGGGCUCCGUGGCUUCCCUUCCCCCGCCCUCCCCUCCAGCAGUUACCCAUACAGGUCCCCUCAUCCCGGCCUGACCCAGUAUGUAGGAGGAAAUCUCCCCGAGGCCAGAGGGAUCCUUGGAGACCCAUUGGGCAGGCCGAGCAGGGUGGGCACGGAGCCUCCCAGGCCAGGGCAGUGGGCAUGGGCGGGGGCUGUGGCUGAAGACCACCCCCGCCCACUGCAGAUUCCAGGGGACUCCCACACUGCAGCUGCCAUGGCCACCAAUAAGGAGCGACUCUUUGCUACUGGUGCCCUGGGGCCUGGAUCUGGCUACCCAGGGGCAGGCUUCCCCUUUGCCUUCCCAGGAGCACUCAGGGGGUCACCACCAUUCGAGAUGCUGAGUCCUACCUUCCGGGGCCUGGGCCAGCCUGACCUCCCUAAGGAGAUGGCCUCUCUGUCGGUGGAGACACAGAGCACUAGCUCAGAGGAAAUGGUGCCCAGCUCGCCCUCACCCCCACCACCCCCUCGGGUCUACAAGCCAUGCUUUGUGUGUAAUGACAAAUCCUCUGGCUACCACUAUGGGGUCAGCUCAUGUGAAGGCUGCAAGGGCUUCUUCCGACGCAGUAUCCAGAAGAACAUGGUAUAUACGUGUCACCGUGACAAAAACUGUAUCAUAAACAAGGUAACCAGGAAUCGUUGUCAGUACUGCCGGCUACAAAAGUGCUUCGAAGUGGGCAUGUCCAAGGAAGCUGUAAGGAAUGACCGGAACAAAAAAAAAAAGGAGGUUAAGGAAGAGGGUUCACCUGACAACUAUGAACUGAGUCCACAGUUAGAAGAACUCAUCACCAAAGUCAGCAAAGCCCACCAGGAGACCUUUCCCUCCCUCUGCCAGCUGGGCAAGUACACUACGAAUUCCAGUGCAGAUCACCGGGUGCAGCUGGACCUGGGACUAUGGGACAAGUUCAGUGAGCUGGCCACUAAGUGCAUCAUCAAGAUUGUGGAGUUUGCCAAGCGAUUGCCUGGUUUUACAGGACUCAGCAUUGCUGAUCAGAUCACUCUGCUCAAGGCUGCUUGCCUGGACAUCCUAAUGCUGCGGAUCUGUACAAGGUAUACCCCAGAGCAGGACACCAUGACAUUCUCGGACGGGCUGACCCUGAACCGGACCCAGAUGCACAAUGCUGGCUUCGGGCCCCUCACAGAUCUCGUCUUUGCCUUUGCUGGGCAGCUCCUGCCCCUGGAAAUGGAUGACACAGAAACAGGGUUGCUCAGUGCCAUCUGCCUCAUCUGUGGAGACCGCAUGGACCUGGAGGAACCUGAGAAGGUAGACAAGCUGCAGGAGCCGCUGCUGGAAGCCCUGAGGCUCUACGCCCGACGACGGAGGCCCAGCCAGCCCUACAUGUUCCCAAGGAUGCUUAUGAAAAUCACCGACCUCCGGGGCAUCAGCACCAAGGGAGCAGAAAGGGCCAUUACCCUGAAGAUGGAGAUUCCAGGCCCCAUGCCCCCCUUGAUCCGAGAAAUGCUGGAGAACCCCGAAAUGUUUGAGGACGACUCCUCGCAGCCUGGUCCCCACCCUAAGGCUUCCAGUGAGGAUGAAGCUCCUGGGGGCCAGAACAAAGGAGGCCAAAGUCCCCAACCUGACAAGGGCCCCUGACCUCCCCUGCUGUGAGGUUGGGCUCUAGGCAGCAGACUGACCAUUUCCCAGACACUGCUAGUGACUGGGAAAGGACCUGCUCUGCCCACUCCUCACCCUUCCAAUGAGCUCCUUGUUUUGCCAAAGUUUCCAGGGGAUGCUUGUGUUCAUCCCUGCCCUGCGCUAACUGGCUCCCUCUCCAGUCCUGGGGGCCUGCCUUGCGCCCACCAGGAAAGCUGGAGGAGGGGUGAGUCUAGGUCUGGACUAAAAUCUCAGCACUGCCCUUCAGAUCCAGGCCGCAGGCUCCCCAGACAGGAGGAAGCCCUGCCAUCCCACAGUCCUUUCCUCUGCCAGGUGCUUGGGCCUCUGGGAGCAAACAGGAACACUAGAGACCAAAAAGGGGAAAGGGGGGCCCCCAAGGAGGGCUGUGCCCACCCUUGUGCCCUACCCUUGGUGCCUAACACUGUGUGAUGAACCUCCCCUGCACACUGCCCUCUGUGUCCCAUCCUCUUGUGAGGGUGGGCCAGACCCUCUAUUUCUGGGGUGGGGCCUGAGGGUGAAGGGAGAGAUGCAGGUCCAUUCUGUAUGUCUUUGCUGGGGUGCAGUGCUCACCCUGUACUCUCCAUUUUAUAAACCCCUCCCUUAGCCCUGUCAUGUGCCUUGGCCUCCUGUCCCCCAUCUCAGCCAUCAGACAGGGACCCGCCUACACUACAGAGGGGCCAGGGAUCCCUUUCCUAGUGCCUUGUACCCUUGAUCCCCAGAGCAGCUUGGCCCAGGGAGGGGAGAUGCUGCUUAGCUGAUCCUACCCUGACCCAAAGGAAGCCUCUAUUUAUUUAUUAGCUUUUGUUUACACCCCGGAAUGACCCCUUCCUCCAGGGGUCUUGGGAGGGGGAGCCCAGGGCCUCUGUGACCCCUGUUCUUUCUCCAACCCCCAGUUUGUAUUUAGCUGCCAAAUAAGAUUCCCACCAGCCAUCUCCCCUUUUUCUCUGGGGGGUCAGGGUGCUGUCCCCUCCCCUCUGUUUACAUCUCCCCUUCACCCCGCUGUAUCGCAUAUUGCUGAGUUUUCUAUUUUUGCAAAAUAAAGUGGUGGAAACUCA